GAGGUCUAGCCCUACACCCGGCAUCAAAAAGAAUGUACUGGAGCGACUGGGGAAGUGUCCCGCACAUUUCUACAUCAGGAAUGAACGGAAACUCUAGAUCAACCCUCGUAACCGAUAAUUUGGGAUGGCCCAACGGCCUGACCAUCGAUUAUCCACACGCCAGACUUUACUGGGUCGAUGCAAAACUGAAAAUCGUUCAGUCCCUGAAACUGGACGGUUCCGACCGAAGAACAGUCCACCACACAGCCCUGACCCAUCCCUUUUCAAUCGCAAUUCUCGAUGAAAAGCUCUUCUGGAGUGACUUGAGAAGGAAAAGCAUUCACCACUGCAACAAGCUAACGGGUCGAGAUGAGAAGACCCUUCUCAAAGAAUCCAACGAGAUCUACGGAAUCCACAUUCAUCAUCCUGUCCUCAAGCCUAAACUCUACAAUCCAUGCAGCUCUGCCAGCUGCGAAGAAAUUUGUCUACUAGCUGCUGAUCGCAAUCAUUACACGUGUGCAUGCGGCCUAGAUGAAGAACUCGGCUUCGACGGCAAAAGUUGCAUACGAAUCAAAAAUGUCAAUCAACACAUCAUCAUCGCGACAGGAAAGGUCUUCUUAGAUUAUCGGCACGACAUCCUGGGGAGACCCCACUGGGAGAGAAUUCACACGUCUCAUCAUUUUGCAGAGAUCUACGAGUCUCUCAACAGAAACUCCUUGAGCAACAGCAAUCAAAUCAUGUUCGACGAGAUCUCCCGGGUCUUCGGAGCCGACGAAAUUAUCGGUGGAACAGGUUUCGAUCAUGUUGGUAAUAAUCUGUACUCGGCUGAUGUUGAAAACAGAAGAAUCGAAGUGAUGAGUCUAUCAACCUUGGAGAAAACUUUCAUCCUUUUCUCGGAGGAGCCCAGAGCGAUUCUAUUAAUACCCGAGAAGUCCACGAUGUUCGUCGCCUUGUGUGUGUCCUCCAGUUGUCACAUCGACAAGAUGCUGAUGACAGGGGGCGAACGAUCUCGCUUUCUUAAGAACAAUUUUCGAGGUCCACGAGUUGCUCUAGCUUACGACGCCGAAACGGACAGAGUUUUCUUGACAGACGAGGGGACAGGCAGAAUCGAGAGUGUCUCCUUCGAUGGAAACGAGAGAAAGCUUUUGCAUCUUCACUUGCCCCAACCCGUCAGCCUGGCUAUUCUCGGUGACGAGGUCUUCUGGACCCUCAAGAACACGACAACUGUAUUCUGGUCAAACAAGACGAAGAGCUUCACCGGAAGGAAACGAUUCGACCUGCCCAUUCCCAGUGUCGACGUCAUGCAUCUGAUCACGACGAGCUCAAAAAACUAUUCAAUAGAUAAUGUCCAUCAGUGUCAGAUCAACAAUGGGGGAUGCUCUCACGUGUGUCUGGUGGAGAGUCUCACCUCUCGUGCCUGCAGAUGCCCACCAGCUAUGAUUCUUGAUGCAGACCAUGAGACAUGUCUGCUUGACUCAGCCUGUCCGAAGGAGGAAUUCGAGUGCUCUUACGAUCAUUCCUGCAUCAGUCUAAGCCUCCGGUGCGAUGGAGUCGACGACUGCUUCAAUGGUGCGGACGAGGUGAAUUGCACAAGCUGCGGUGAUGGUGAAUUCAGUUGUGACAAUUUUAACUGCAUAUCCACAGCACUCGUCUGUGAUAACCGAGAUGAUUGCGGUGAUAAUUCGGAUGAGAAGAGCUGUUUGGAUGAGAUUCCAAUGACGAUCAGCAAGUCAAAGCCUGUAGUUGAGAAGACCGGUAACAUCGAUCUGUUGACAGAUGCGAGGGAGGACAUAAGGAGAAUUUGUUCAGAGGCUCAGGGACGUCAGGCAACAAGAUCAGAGGGUGAAGCCUCAGGGUUAACCAACUGGAGUCCAAAACUUCUCAAGAUAAUUCACGAGAUGAAUCUGAAGACCAGGGAAAAGGAGGACAAUGGGAACUCUGGACUGCCGAGGGUUCUCGCUGUUGACUGGAUAACUCACAACGUCUUUUACUUGGAUGGUGAGACACCUGGGGAGGUGAGGUCCUGCAGCUUCAAUGAGACUAAAGCUACUCUAGUUGUUCAAGCCAAGAAUCCUGGAGUGGUCUCGUCUUUUGUGGUAGAACCGAGAGUUGGCUGGUUCUUCUGGGGACAAACGAACUUCUCCGCUCAGAAUCCUACCACCGAGAUCUGGAGGAGUGAUUUGGAUGGUGAAAAUUUGGUGAAUAUCGCUGGGAAUUUGGGAGUCGUAUCGGGAAUCGCCAUUGAUCAUGAACGCUCAAGGCUGUACUGGGUUGACACCUCUCUUCAGGUGAUCGAACGAGCAAAGCUUGAUGGCUCUGCUCGAGAUGUAUUCCUCAGGACAAAGCUACAGUACCCUGUCACCAUUAAUGUUUAUGGAGACUCGCUUUAUUGGCUGAUGGGAACCUCUGGUGUCCUACAGAAAUGCUCGCUCCUUGAAGAUGUAUGUGUACCUGUUACUGUAAGAAAUCAUUAUGGACAGGAACUUCUCGUUGUAUCGCAACCCUCCAGGAAAAUCAUGACUCCUCCAGUUUUCUCGUAUUUCAUCCAGUAUGGACUGGAGAACCUGACAAUUGCUGCAAAGAAUGGAUACAAGACCGGUGGUAAUAGCAUUGGUGAUCAAGUAAUUCCAACCGUAGUACCGCUGAUAUGCGUUUUCACUGAAGCACAGUCUGAAAAAUUGGGGGGCAUCGAUGAAGGCAAUCACUCGACGGAUAUCCAACAUCCAGUGAUUCAAGAAGAAGUAUCUUUUCUAGUCCUUGAGAGCCCUUCGUUUUUGCCGUUAUCGGCGAUGGCAAGGAUCCACUUAUUAUUUACUUCUGUACUUCUGUGUUUACAUUAUCAAGCGAUAUCCUCGGAUACGUGCGAGUCUCCCGAUUGGUUCAGAUGUAACAACGGCAGAUGUCUAGCGUCAUUUUUCCGCUGCGACGGUGACAACGACUGCGGAGACUUCUCCGACGAGCGUUCCUGUCCCGAAACCCCAAAUUCACCAUCAACCCCUCAGCCAAACCGCUGCACCCCCCAGGAGUUCACCUGCACAAACGGCAACUGCAUCCCCUUAUCGAAAUUCUGCAACAACGAGAACAACUGCUACGACGGGAGCGAUGAGUACGCAGGCUGUGUCCUGAACAAAACCUGCAAUGCUAGAGAAUUUGGUUGUGCCGAUGGUUACUGCAUCCAGGAGAAGUGGAGGUGCGAUGGCCAGGCAGAUUGUCCAGAUCAUUCGGAUGAGUUCAAUUGUCCAGUCCAUCCCCCGGAGAACUGCACCGUUGAUAACGGUUUCUUCCUCUGCGACAACAAUCACUGCAUUCCCCUCAACCUGACGUGCAGCAGCUUCAAUGAUUGUGGUGACAAUUCGGAUGAGCACAGCGCCAUCUGCACCGCAGCUGAACAGAAGUGCAAAACGAUGAACUGCAGUCACAGCUGCCAGCCAACCCCCAAAGGCCCAAGCUGCACGUGUUCUCCAGGAUAUCGUAUGGUGAAUGACAGCUGUCAAGAUAUUGAUGAGUGCAUGGAGUCACCGGAGCUCUGUGAUCACCACUGCAUCAACGAGCCUGGCACCUACUCCUGCCUCUGUGACAUGUCAUACGAUCUCCAGGAGGACCGACACACCUGCAAGGUCUCGAAAGACCGGGGGGAUGCUAUCCUCAUUUUCUCGUCGAGGACGGAAAUCCGAGGUUUUUAUCUUUCCACCCACGAGGUAUAUUUUCCAAUCGCCAAGAAUUUACAGCACGUGAUAGGUGUCGCCCUGGACUCCAUGUACAUCUACUGGUCUGACAUACACAUGGGAGAUGAAGCGAUUUUUCGAGCUUUAGAGGAUGGAAUAAAACCUGAAGUGAUCGUCACAGCGGGUCUGGGAAUCCCCGAGGAGAUCUCAGUCGAUUGGGUUACUGGGAAUAUCUACUUUACCGACAGUCUUUACCGGAGAAUUGGUGUCUGCACGAAUUCAGGGUCUCAUUGUGCUGUUAUUAUUACGGAGGACAUUGAUAGGCCCCGAGGACUUGUACUCCAUCCGGCCACUGGAGAGAUGUACUGGAGCGACUGGGGAGAGAGACCCCACAUCUCCAGGGCGGAGAUGAAUGGACACUCUAGAGCUCCUAUCGUUACUGAGGGCCUCGGCUGGCCCAACGGCCUCACCAUCGACUAUCCUAACUCCAGGCUCUACUGGGUGGAUGCCAAAGUCGAUAUUAUCGAAUCAAUCCAUCUAGACGGCACUGGUCGCAGAACAGUUCUCCGCACCAUCGCCACGCACCCGUUCUCCAUCGCAGUUUUCGAGGACAGGCUCUUCUGGAGCGACUGGAAAACCAAGAGCAUCCAAUAUUGCAACAAGUUCACGGGGAAGGGUGAGAAGACGCUACUCCAUGAGGUAGACGAGAUCUACGGAAUUCACAUUUACCAUUCGGUUCUCAAACCUGAUCUUCACAAUCCCUGCAACGCCAAUCCCUGUGAAGGGAUAUGUCUUCUGAAUGCUCAGCACAACUACACAUGCACCUGCAGCCCGGACAAGACCCUCGGGGAGGACGGUGAGAGCUGCGAGAGAAUCAAGGAUGCAAAUCAUCUGAUCAUCGCUGCUGGAGGGCUCUUCAUAGAUUACUAUCACCAGAUUCUCGGCAAGCCCGAGAUGGAGGGACACCAGACGCUUCAUCAUUUCGACGCUGCAGCGUACGAUCCCAUCCAGGAGGGAAUCCUUGUCGUCGAUCAAAAGUCCCAAACGAUCAACAGGUUCACACCAUCAUCUGGGGUGUAUGUCAGACUCCUCGGUAUUACCCAGGAAGUGAUUCAGGGCCUGGCGUUUGACUACUUUGGGAAUAAUAUGUACUGGUCUGACGUGGACCAUAAGACCAUCGUCAUUACCAGUCUGUCGACCUGGAACAGAACGCUAUUCCACUUCCUGGAAAAACCUACGUCGAUUCUGCUGAUUCCCGAGCUGGCGACGAUGUACGUCGCCUUUUGCUCAGUCGUGAAAUGCCACAUCGACAGAAUGUCGAUGACAGGCAGUAGACGGAUCCAGAUCAUGGACCAUCUGUUGGGGCCGAGGGUUACACUGGCUUUCGACCAUGAGACGAGAAGAAUCUUCUGGGCGGAUCAGGGAUCAGGAAUAAUUGGCUGUAUGUCCCUGGAUGGCACCAACAAGAAGUUUCUUCACACGAAUCUGGUGGAGCCAGUCAGCGUCGCCAUUCUCGACGACGAGAUCUUCUGGACGCUAAAGAACAACACACGUAUUUUCUGGUCUAGUAGCUCCAAGAUUCUCACCAGGAACAAGGGACUGACCCUCGAAAUCCCCGCGGAUGUGGACAUGAUGCAUCUCGUUACGACGAGUCUUCGAUCCGGACGAAGUGAUCACAUGUGUCGAGAGAACAACGGAGGCUGUUCUCACUUGUGUCUGGUGGAUACUCCAGAGACUGGUAUCUGCAAGUGCCCUCCAGGGAUGAUCCUAGCAAGCAACAAAAAGACCUGCGUUGUCGAAACAACGUGCUCUGAAGUCGAGUUCAAGUGCUCAGACAACUCCUGCAUCGAUAACACAAAACUGUGUAAUGGCAUUGACGAUUGCCACGAUGGAGAAGAUGAAAAGCACUGCAUAUCCUCGAAGGCUUGCACCGUCGACGAAUUCCAGUGCAGGGACUCGUCCAAGUGCAUCCCCUCGUACAAGAUCUGCGACGGAAUAGCCCAGUGUUUCGAUUCUUCCGACGAGGUCAACUGCGCUGCAAGAACCUGUGAUAGCUUUUCAUUCAGAUGUCCUUCCGGUCUCUGUAUCCCAGGAUCGUGGGAGUGUGAUGGUCAAAAGGAUUGCGAUGACGGCGCCGACGAGAGUAGCAAGUGCACAAGGAAAACAUGUCCCAAGGCUAUGUUCACGUGUCAGAAUCAAAAGUGCAUUGAUGCAAAAUUGAUCUGCAAUGCUGUAGACGACUGCGAAGACUCGAGUGACGAGAUGAACUGCCGGAGAGAGUCUUCGGUAGCUCGCAGCUGUGGAACAAAUAAAUAUACGUGUAUAGGUAGUGGUCAGUGCAUUCCCAUGAAUAAAAGGUGCGACGGGGAGAUGGACUGUCCGAAGAACGACGACGAGCACCACUGCAGCCACUGCUCUGGGGAUGAGUUUGCUUGUAGCAAUCUCAAGUGCAUACCAAAGUUCUGGAUGUGCGACGAUCAGGACGACUGUGGGGAUAAUUCGGACGAGAAGGGCUGCGACGUGCACAAGCACUGGGGGUCGAGUGUCCAGAAGGAUGAGACUCCCUGUCCUGAAUUCAAGUGCAACGUCAGUGGCAGGUGCCUCCGGUGGGAGUAUGUCUGCGACGGACUCAACGACUGCUUCGACAGCUCUGAUGAAGGUGAUGGCUGUGCCACCAGCUGUUCCAGCGAGAAUACGUGCGAACACGUCUGUCAAAGAACACCAACUGGACCCCUUUGCUGGUGCAGGGAGGGAUUCACUCUCGACACUGAUGGCAGAAGCUGCCAGGAUGUCGACGAGUGCAAGAACAACGUGUGUUCUCAGGUCUGUCAUAACAUCGUCGGCUCGUACGAGUGCAGCUGCUUCCCUGGAUACGUCCUCAGGUUAGACAGGACCACCUGCAAGGUCGUCAAUAGCUCGAUGGAGCUCAUAACAGCUACUCGGGACGACAUCAGGCGCAUUCCAGUGAAUCUUGAGGUAAUCGAAGUUGUUCACAGGCAACCAGAGAUCCAGAUCACUGGGUUAGAUGUUAAUGUGGGGAAGGAGUCGAUUUACUGGAGUUCGGAGCUACUUGGAAGCAUUCAUGAGUUCAAUUUUCGGAGCACAGAGCACCACAGGAUCGCGAAUAUCGGUAGACCCAGAGCUCUCGCUGUUGACUGGAUGACUGAUAAUGUUUAUUUCUUCGAUACUGAGAAGCCUGAGGCCAUUAAGGCCUGCAAUGUCAAUCAGACAAAGUGCGCUGUCAUUGUGAAGCUUGAAAAUCCUGGAACUGUCCUGUCGCUGGCUGUCGAUCCCAAGAAUGGAUUCGUAUUCUGGGGGCAGACGACUUUCGUUGAUUUGGAUAAACCCACCAGUGAGAUAUGGAGGAGUGAUCUCAAUGGGGAUAAUCCCAGGAAUAUCGUUAGUGAUGAUCUUGGCGUUGUCUCGGGGAUAACUAUUGAUCAUGAGAGGGGAACGAUCUACUGGGUUGAUGCUGCUCUACACGUUGUCGAGAGGGCGAACCUCGAGGGAAAGGAGAGGGAGGUCUUCAUGAGGGAUCAGGUUUAUCAGCCGGUCGGCAUCAAUGUCUUUGAGGAUGCGGUUUUUUGGCUCAUUGGCACAUCCGGAAUCAUGCAGAAGUGUUUACUCAAUGGGGAGAGGAGGUGUCAGCAGGUGCCUGUCAAGAGUAAUAAUGUCGAAGGACUCUUUGUUAUUUCACAUCAGUCGAGACAACCCGUUGGCAUCAACGCCUGCGAGAGUCACAGCUGCGAUUAUAUGUGCAUUCAGAGACAGGGGAUUCCCCGAUGCAUCUGUCACGAUGGCUCGGAACAAGAUCCAGAUAGCGCAUGCCCAUAUUCCGACAUUCCGGACAUCAGGUUUGAUUCGUAUUCUCUCCUCAUGAGGAAAAAUGAAGGAUUGGCGAAAACUGAGAGAGAGGCUGGACCUCUUACGGGAAUCAUCGUCAUGGUUGUUCUAGGGAUUGCCAUGCUUUCUGGUUAUUGGUAUUACCAGAAACAUAAGACUGAGAUUAGUAACAAGUACGAUUUGAGAAUUCGUUUCCAAAAUCCAUCAUUCGGGACUGACCCAGGAAUAACGAGUGAUUACAUCCUGCCGAUAAUUCCUCCAGGCGAGCACGAGUAUGAGAAUCCACUGAGUAUUCAUACAAAGGCUCAUGUCCCAUCAAUACCAAAAACAAACUCCAAACAAUCCCUCGAGCUGAUAAAUUCCGAUCAAUCCGACGUUGAAUUGAUCAACGAUGAUACUGGCUACAAAACGCGUUUGAUCAAGCCGUAGAAUUUACGAUUGAGGCUAUUUUAGAAUUUAAAUUGCACGGGGGCUUUAGUUGUAAACUUGAAAUUGUGAUAAUAGGGGUAUUACACCCGCGUAAUAAUGAAUGAUCAAGUUGUUGGGGGGAUAAUGCGUGUCGUAAUGUGGGAUAAUGUUCAAUUUAUUGGCGCGUGUGGUUAUUGUAAUUUUAUUUAGCUAUUAGCGAGUUUUGUACUGAUUAGUCACGACACGUCGGAAAAUUUUAUGAAAAACCGAGGGUUUUCUCUAAGAAAUCUUAUUCAAUUUCCACUAAAACAUUGGAAUUUGAUUUAACAAUAAGUAAUUGUUGAUAGAAUGCAGUCAGAAUUUUUAUUUUCCAAUAGAAAUAAUUUUUCACGCUUUUUCUAUCCCGUUUUUAUUUUCGGUUUUCUAACAUUUCUCAUAGCUGCAAUAAACAUUCAGUAUUUAAUAAGGAAAAUUCCAUUCAACUUCAUCACAACUUUAUCUCAAAACCGACGAAUUUAAAAAAAAAACCAAGACCUUUUUUGUAGCUGUUAAAAUUUUCCUACAAAAAAUGCCUUCUCAUAUUUUUUCCUUAAAUCAAUGGUUUCCUAGUUGUAUCCGUAUUUAUGACAAACGUAAAAUUAUACUGAUCCCAUUUUACUAUUUCACAACUGAACUGAAUAAAAUUCUUUAAAGAAAACCCAAAGUUUUUCUGUUAAAUUAUAUCUUUCGUAUUAUCUCUACAAUAUCUCAGUAACAAGUGAAUUUUUUUUCUCUAAAGCUACUCCCGAACGAGAUAUUUAAACAAUUGAUAAGAGACUGGCGUAAAAAAUGAAGUAAAAAUUACAAGAUACAGCGAAUGUUAUAUAAUGUGUUCGUCGUAUUUUUAUGUCAUCCACUAGAUGUUUUGUAUAUAUGGAAUUAUUUAUGCGGAGUUAGGUAGAAGUGAAUGUAACUCCAAAUUUUAGGUUCACAGUCCAAAGCGAAUCCUCGCAAUUUUGGCAGAACCGGUUUACAAUUUAUAUUUUUUUUUAUCCGCCAUAGCUCAUGUAUUCGUACAAUGGAUUUCUUUGAUGGGGGAUUUACAGCUCCAAGUUUAUAGCAAUGUCCUUCUACGUUAUUUUGCCGGUACAUAACUGAAAAUUAUCACGUACGCAUGCGAAUUGUGUUUAGGAAAUGAUAUUCUUCUGUAUUGAACCGUCGAAUCGUCCAGAAUAAAAAUUAUUAUUCGAGUCUAUUGAGAGGAGUUGUGGGCUCUUAAUGAAUUCCUGGGGCUCAUUUCCAUUAUUCCGAAGGCAAUUCCUCUCCAAAAUUGUACAAUCACCCGUAGAAUUAAGAAAAUAAACAAUGGAAUUUUCUAUUGAAUGGAAUUUCAUGUUCAAUAGGAAUUUCAAUUUAUUUUAUUAAUAGAUUGUAUUUCAAAAAAUUAUAUUUUUACUCCAGUGGUUUUUUGUAUUGAACUGUUGAAUCUUGGAGAAUAAAAUUUAUUAUUCGAGUCUAUUAAACUGACGGGAGUUCUGAUUUCUUUAUGAAUUCCUCGGGCUCGUCUCCCAUUUUUUGGAAGUCUCGGGGAAUUCGUCGUCCUUGGAGUCCCACGUGUCUCAGAAAAUUAAUCUCCAUUGAUGGAUUAGUUCAAUUUUUUAAUCACAUCCAGUGCAAUAAAACCAAAAUCGUUAUCAUUUUAAUAAUAAUUGUCUACAAUUCUGAUAGAAUAAUUCGUAAAAUUCUGAUGGAAAUGGAAUAGAAUUCCUGGAAGAAAUAUUAUAAAGUAAAUAUAAAGUAAUUAUUAACCAUGGACGAAAAAAAAACAACAGUUCCUGCCAAAUAUUUAUAACAUACUACAUAAAUUAAUGCCAAGAGAAAUAUUGUCUUGUGGUGCUUCUGUGAAAUAUUUAUAGCGAUAAUGGAUUGUAUAAUGGAACCCAAAUGAUAAUAACUGAAAUAAAAUCUGAUGUACUUACUGCCUAAAUGAUUUCACAAGAACUAGGACCACAAAAAAUAAAUUUACCAUCAGAAAGAAUAUUCAUAACUAAAUUGCCAUUCAUAAUAUGUAGAAAACAGCUCCUAAUACAAUUAUCAUAUGCAAUGACCAUCCAUAAAUAACAGGUUUGGACUUAGUAAAAAGUAGGUGUUUAUCCUACUUUUUCUAAAGUCUGACCCUGUCAUUUAUUGAUCGCCAUUGCAUAUGUUAAUUGUAUUAGAAGCUGUUUUCAACCCAUUAUCAAGGGUAAUUUAUUUUCUAAACAUGUUUUCAUUUUUUGGUAAUUU